GUUCAUUGCCACGCGAGAUUCUCAUCUUUUUUUCUUUUCGCAAUCGGGGUCCAUCAGUUCUCAUUCUCACUUGCUUGGUUUGCGUGCGCGUGUUGUAACUCAUAUUUUUAACUCUUCUAAUUCGUAGAAAUUCAACACGCGCGCAUUUGACAAGAGAAAAAGAUAGCUGGAGCAAACAAAAAAGCGAAGGUCGAGAUAUAUAUCAAUGAUGCAAUCGAUCUCAUCAUAAUAGAAUUAUUACCGAGCGAAAGCUUGUGCAAUGCCGCUAUAUCGAGCGCUUGUUUUAACUGUUGAAUGUUGCAUCUAUCGUAUGCUAAAUUAUAAAUCUUUGUCGCUUCCUUGAGAGAAGAACAAACAAAGAGGGGAAGGAAACCUUCGCAACUAAUCGCGGCCUCGUUAGAAUGGGGCUCCAGCACAGUUGUUUUAAUUAGGUGAGCUCUCUUCGUCGCGUGGGUCUUGACAUUGGGGCCGACAACGUACGGCGAGAGAAGUGUGGUGUCUGUCAGUGGUGUGCGCGGCGGCGGCGCAGUGCGCUUGCCUAAAAUGGCGACUUCCUUGUGUGAUGAUUGUCCGCUGCUACUCUGACAGGCAGAAGUCCGGAAACUCGCAAUCGCGUGGGCGUUCUGUACGCGCGCGCGAAAAGUUAUAGUCCCCUCGCUGACAUCGACGUCGUUGUUGUCCAACGACUGUUGCGAGAGUAAGUACAAGAUCACUUCUGUUCGGUUAAGAAAAAUAAACUCCGCAAUCGAAUUUUCUUCGUCGUGCAUAUAAACGUUCGAUGUCGCGAAAAAGUACGAGGGUUGAGAGGACAGUGCAGUACUACUCCUCGCAGUGAUGAAAAGGAAAAAAAGAUUGAAGAUAUUAUGGGGACGACUAAUGGCUUUACAUCGUUCAACGUAACCGAAAAACGACAGGCUCCAAUGUCGACCUAAUUUAUCACUGCUAUCCGUUCGUUCGAUUCCUAUUUUCUUUUGGUUUUUUUGUCGAUCGCCAAGAGCGAUCGUAUUAUUAUACGAGAGUAAUCAUGGCUGAGGAUGAACUUUAUCCUAUACAUAAAUGUAUAUUCGAGGGGGACAUGAAAACCUUGAGUUCUCUUAUAAGGACUCAUGACAUUACAGCUAAAGAUAAGCAAGGAAAUACCCCAUUACAUCUAGCUGUUAUGCUAGGUAGAAAAGAAUGUGUUCAAUUUUUAUUGACUCAUGGAGUACCUGUUAAAGUUAAAAAUAUUUCUGGAUGGAGCCCUUUAGCAGAAGCAAUUAGUUAUGGCGAUAGGCAAACCAUAUCAUCCCUUGUAAGGAAAUUAAAACAGCAAGCAAGAGAGCAAAUGGAAGAAAGAAGACCAAAUUUAGUGGCAGCUUUGCGUCAAAUGGGAGAUUUUUAUAUGGAACUUAAAUGGGAUUUUCAAAGUUGGGUACCCCUAGUAUCUAGGAUACUACCUUCAGACAUUUGCCGAAUACAUAAAAGUGGAGCAUCCAUUAGAAUGGAUACAACUUUAGUAGAUUUUAAUGACAUGAGAUGGGAAAGGGGUGACAUAUCUUUUAUUUUUAAUGGAGACCAAAAACCAAGUAAAUCCCUUACUGUUCUUGACAAUAAAGCCAAACUUUUUCAACGAGUUAGAUAUGAGGAAACAGAGCUUGAAAUUGAAGAUGAAGUUGACAUUUUAAUGUCUAGUGAUAUAAUGGCAGCUCAAAUGUCAACAAAAGGUAUUACUUUCUCCAGAGCACAAACUGGCUGGAUUUUCAAGGAAGAUAGAAGAGAAAAAGUUGGCCCAUUUCAAGCAGAUUUUUAUCAAAUUAAUGGUAUGGUGCUAGAAAGUAGAAAAAGGAGAGAACAUUUAAGCGAGGAAGAUCUUCAAAAAAAUAAAGCCAUUAUGGAAUCACUGACUAAAGGUUCAUCUCAAGGUUUUCAAAAUGGAGAACCUCCUAUGAGAAGGGCAUCUUUAAAUCCGCCACCCAAUUCAAAUAUUACAUGGGAAGAAUAUAUCUCAGCUCCACCGGGUCAGUGUCCACUGCUUGGUAGAAGUUUAGUGUACAAAGAAAGUAGCAAAUCGUUUAAAGCCACAGUGGCGAUGAGCUCAGACUUUCCAUUAACGGUAGAGAUGCUACUUAACGUUUUGGAAGUUAUAGCACCGUUCAAGCAUUUUAAUAAAUUGCGAGAGUUUGUACUAAUGAAGUUACCACCUGGUUUCCCUGUGAAAAUCGACAUACCAAUUCUUCCGACAGUUACGGCAAAGAUUACAUUUCAAGAAUUUGCCUUCAAGCAAGACAUUGGCCCAGAAUUGUUUCAAGUACCGACAGACUACUUUGAAGAUCCUCUGAGAUUUCCAGACUUAUGACGCUUCGGUAUCUUAACAUUAAUCGAGGUCAAUUAUUGGACUAGCUGGGGGUUGCUUUCGUUACUGAGGGAGCAAUUAGCACUCGUGUAUUUCUACUUGGGAUCAAUCUCAACAGCAUUUAUUCGAAACACUGUGUAAUAUUCAUUCAGUAAUAUAUCGAUCAUUCACCGUACAUAAUGCUACUGAGCGCACCAUUCUACUUAUUUCUAACGAAUUAGGAAUGAAGUGCUCCACUUAUAUGUAAAGAAAAAAAAAACAACAAAAAAUAUGUAAAAAUAUGCACUUUUGUAAGUAUAUUUGUUCAUUAAGCUCUAUGCAAGACUGCUAUGUUUUUUCGUGCUCUUUGUCGGAAUCAAGCCAAGGUUCUGAAGAAAAAAACUGAUUAUUAUACUAUAAAAACCGAUAUCGGUUUUUAUCAUUUUUAAAAAUCAAUAAUGCAGUGACAAUGAGUUGUUUUUUACGACUGUGUAUAAUUCUGUUUAUAUAUUGUAGCAAUAAUUGUGUAAAACGAAAUCCUGUAGACCAGAUGAAUUUAUAUAAGUUUGUAUGAAAAAUAACGCUUUUUUUAAUAAUUCGUUAACCAAAGGUUCGAUGGUACUUGUUUAUUUUAAACUUGGCCAGUUACUUAUUCAGAAAUUUUUCGCUAUUGAGUAAAUUUCGUAAUCAAGUAAAUUGUUCUUUCUCGUUUUGCAACUGAAAGUAAUACAUCACAAUCAUAGCAACAUAGACAUCGUAAUCGGUAAAGAGCCACACAAAUAGAUUUUGUACAUGUUGUUGAACUGAAAUAUGCGUUACAUAGGUAUGCAUAACGUAGUGUGCUUUAUAUAACAGUAUUCUUUUUGUUUAAACUUGUUAGGAUACGUGUUUUUGAAAUAUGUAUGUAUGUCAUAAUUGAGUUUUUAUUUUUUACCAUAAGAGCUUUGAGUUAAGGAUAUUACUCGAUGUACAUUUGGCAAGUCAAUUACAAUUUCGUGAAAAAGCAAUUUAUAGCUUAUUAAAUUGAUUUAAUAAUAUUUCAUUUUUAUCUCAAAAUCAUAUCAGAAAAAUAUUCUUUUUGAAAUUUCGUAAUAUUUUGAAAUUUGAAGACGUAAAGUUUACAAAAAUGCAAUCUUAAAGUGUUUUUCUUUUUUUUAAUGGACAAUGGGGAGUUUAAUAAGAAAUCUGUAUUAUAUGCAAAAUUUUAUUGAUUUGAUAGUAUGAAAGCUUACAUUUGUUUUUCUACAAACUUCAGUGUGAAAAUUCAACAUUUCUUUUGCGAAUAAUCAUCUGAUUUCUUGUAGCACUUUGUAUAAUAAUAAUAGUUUAAUAUAUUAAAUUUGUUCUGUUAAUACAAAACUGUUACGACGAAUAUACAUUUAAAAUGUUAAUGUAAUAAUGAUAAUAAGUUUCUUUUUAGAGUCGAUAAUUGGAAUAUCAGUUAUAGCGUGAAACUCACGAAAAUAAUAAACGAAUAAACACAAUAUUGUGGGAGCAGAUUUAGUUAAACAACUGCUUUUAAUAGAAUAAUAUCUGAAAAUACUCCUGAUUCACAAUGUGAUUUACGCAUAAUCGUUAUGCAGAAAGCACUUGUUUGCCGCCAUCUAUGUUACUGUGUAAAAGCUAAAAGUAAAAAAAAAGAAAAAAAACAUUAUAUACAUAACAUUGUACAACAGAAAUAUUUACGCUGCCUUUUCGAUGACUAUUUUAUUGCAUUAAUUACUGCGGAGACUCUGCCUUGUUAGAGCGAUAGUUCACUAAACAAUUGCUGAAUUCGAAUGGUCAUGUCAAACGAAGCUAGACUUUAUUAAUUCAACAAUCGAUCCAAAAGCCAAGUCAUUGGAAAUAUUUUCGAAAUUUUUGACUACGUGUAAAGUUACGAUAUUGUGAAUGGAAACAUAUUUUAAAAAUACUAAUUGCGAUUUAAAAACGAAUCAAUGCAGUAACUAUUGCAAUCUUUACUGCUCAGAAUCAUAUCGAAUAUCGAGGUUUCAAUUCUUUUUCUAACUAUUAAACUUUAACUUUAUAAACAGUACAACCAACACUCAAAACAUUUUUCUGUCUAUGAUAAAUGUCAUAAUCAAAAUUAUUUUAAUACAUUUUUUAUCGACAAUAGCAUUCGUCAAAGCGCAGCUAAUAAAUUGAGCCAUUAUUUCUCUAUACAUUGCAAAAUAUCAAGAACUAAAAUUCCCGACUGAUCGUAUAUAAUAUAUACAGCUCAAAUAAAUGACCAAUUGAUUUUUUAACGAGGCACCUGAGCUAAGCAUUGCUGUUAUAAAAAUCGUUUUCUGAUCAGCUUCACGUGAGAAACUCACACACGAAUGUAAUAAUCUCGAACGAAACAUGUAAAAGCGGCGCAUAAUGCGUUGUUAAUCAAUAGGUGCAGUGUUUUUCGUCAGUGUUCCACUGAUGAACACGUGGCUGCACGAUACCACAAUCGCGAAAGGAAAAUGAAACUGAAAAGAAAAUGAAAUAGAAGAAACCUGAUACGUGGUGCAAGGUGAAAAAACCGUUUUCCUACUUAGAAGAAAAAAGUAAAAAAGAACACGAUACCUUAACUAAGUAUUUGUAAAUUGUCAUAACAAGAUGAAAAUAAAAUCGUCAUGCGU